AGAAAAACAACAUGGCGAGUAAUGCAUCUUGAAAAGCGAGUGUUUGCACGUACUAAAAACCUUUUAAUUAGUCACUUAAAUGGAGUUGUUGGCGGUUAAUAUUAUGUAUGGGAACAUUAAUUGUGUAGAUUAACAGCAUGCACACAAUGGAGUAUUUUGAGUCGUCUCCAGAGUCUGCAGCCUCUGUGGACAGUCGCAGCAGCAGUAGUGUCAGCGGCAGUAGUCACGGCAGCGCCAGCGAGGAGAGCGUCACACAGCUGCUGGAUGACACUUCAGCUGACUUGAUGAGAAAUGGCGGAGAAACUCAGAGUCUUGCAUCUGAUGUGAUGUAUGAGAUUUUAGAUGAGAUCUCUCUCGGACUCUGCUUUGAGAUGCACAGGGCUUGCAAGAUUGGGACCUUCUUACUGGAUGCCACUGAUGAAGAGAGUCAGAAAGCGUAUGAUAUUGUAGAUGAGAGAGGGCUGGAUGUAUUUGGUCAAGUGCCUUCAAAGAAACAGUUUGAGUGCGUAUGUCCAAAUUGCACUAGGAACAUGGCUGCUUCUAGGUUUGCCCCGCAUUUAGAGAAAUGUAUGGGUAUGGGGAGAAAUAGUUCCAGGAUUGCUAGUAGACGGAUCGCCAACACAGGCAAAGGUUGUGAUGAUGAUGGGGAGGAUGAUAUCUUAGAUGAUGACAACGACAAUGAUUGGAGUUACCAGACAGACAGAAAAAUAAAGAAGCUAAGGAAAGAAAAAAGAGGGGAUUCCCCAAGAAGAAGCAGAAUACACAAGUAUAAAAAUGGUGAUAUUCCAAGUGUUGGCAGUGCAGUAUCAGAAAGUUCAGGACUUACCCCUGCAUAUGAAGUGAUGACCCUGGAGGAAAGAAAGCAGCUGCUACUUUCAACUUGUGGUGUGAUCUCAGAACACACAAGAAAAAUGUGUACUAAAUCCUUACGAUGUCCUCAGCACACAGAUGAACAAAGACAAAUGGUCAGAAGCCAGCUUCUAGGACACACGUCUUUCCCAGAGACAGAUGAUGUACAAAUUGAUAUAGAUGGUUUUGAAGACACUGACCUUCUUAGGGAACACUUACAGUGGGAGGCAGUAUCCAAUCCCUCUCCAGCAGACUCCACUUCUACUACAAACAGCAACGGCAGUAGGAAACAGAGGAAGCAUGGAGGCAGAAGAAAGAAGCCAGGCAGAUCCAAGUCCGCAGCAAACACUGGAACACCUAGUAGCGUGUACGAGUUCAUGUGAUACUUGUUAUAUUCCAUACCAUAAUACUGACAUAGUGACAUUAACAUAAAGGAUUAACCGAGUCUGCCCUAAAUCAGGAAACUAAGCAAAAUAUGUGAAUCUGUGUAAACCACUGUGCAAUCUUUUAUGCCGCAGUCCUGAAGUUAACAGGCAGGGGCCAGUUUUCACAAAAAUUUUUUAGACUGAAAGUUAGUCUCAACUUUUCAACAAUUUUUUUCUUUUUUGUAAAUUCAGGAUGAAUGCUUAGUGAAAAGUCCACUAUAUUAAAGUCACUAUUAGCAACUAUUAUCUUUUAAAGCAUUAACCAUUUAAUUCUGGUUAUAAAACUACCAUUAAUAUUAAUGUGGACUAUUAAUUGUAUACAUUGGUUUAACUUUAGACAAAACUUUUGGGUCGAAAGGCCUUUUGUGGAACCUGUUAUAAUUUUUUGUCUGGACUUAAAGAGGUUCACUUUAAUGUUAGAUUACAAGUUGGAUCAAACUUCUACAUGUCACAACCACAUAAUUUAGAGACACCCUUGUUUUCUUUAGAAAUUUUGGUUGUUUACUAUCAAAUAUGAUGUUGUAAUACUUCUUUGCAUUCUUAACAGCAGAGCUGAUGACUAGAAUGAAAACUAAAUUGAUGCAGAACAUUUUUCAAAGUGGCAUAGAUAAAACUAUUCUGUGCAAAUUCACAAAGGUGCUAGAAUGACAGGGAUAUCAGUUGUAUGGGGCGUUAAGAGUUGAAAAAUUGUGAUGCCUUGGGAAUUGAAUAAAAAGUUUAGUUUACAGUGCAUAAUGUGCAUGUAUAUAUAUAUGGAUACGUUAUAUGGAAACAUGGAUUGAGAAAGAGGUGUCCACUUUCCGAUUUUGGUGUUUCAUAAGUUUUCUGCUACAAGGAAAAUGAUGUUUUAUCGAAUGCUAAUUCAUGACAUUGGUC